AUGAGCUCUUCUGGAGUCUCCGAUACAUCUCGAGGAGAAGCAGUCGAAGUUCGGACCGCCGAACAACAAGAUCAAGUCACGCUGAAGAAGAAGUGGUUCCAGAAAAUGUUCAGCAAAUCUUCCAAACCGAAGGGCAAUGACUCAUCAAUCCACACCGAUCAUGAGAUCGCGGAAGACAUUUCUGAAGAUGGGGAUGUGAACAGCAUAGAUGAAGACUACGGCAAGAAGCUUACCAAGCGUGGCAGUUAUCGCGCCCACACUAGCGUCGAUGCCGCAGCAGCAGCUGCUGUUCAUGCUCCCAUCGAGAUCAGCCAGAACUGGCUCGCGCGAUUCUUCCGAAUCAAGCCUGCCACCCGUGUUAUGUGUCUUCAGGUCAGCAAGGCACGUGCCCGGAAAGAUGUCAUCCGUGUGCUACGAGAUUGGCGAAAGUACGGUCUGCGAGAUGUGGUCUGCGAGCGACGUGCAGGUGGCGAUAUCAUCCGUGCCCGCGUUGACGCUUGCAAUUAUCUCCACAUCAAGCCGGUCAGUUUCCAUGCUUUCGUAUAUUGCGUCCUCGAGCAUGGACGAAAGGCGAAUCUGAGCGUCAUGAAAUUCACCCAGGAGAAGGGAGCGGCCAGCAGUUUCGAUCGAGUCGUCGAAACGCUCGAAUCUGUGCUGAAAGAGAAAGGUCUGAUCGUGCUGGACCCGGCCCGCAAGAAAGGCAUCGAGGUCAGUCUCAAGGAGGCGGGACUAUGA